UGGCUUGGUUCUUUUCUUCCUCUCUAUUUCAUUUCGAGCGUGUAAAUAAUAACCGCCACGUUCUUAUUGGGAAAUAACCAGCUGAUCCCGACGCCACGUAUACCCUGCCGCCUCUGAUUCGCUGAAGGCUGCUCUGGUCGCUACUUUAUCCUUGGGCUCAAAUAUCACGCGCAUGCACCAUAGGUAUCCUUCGUUAACGGACAAGUUCGUUUCCUUCUCCCUGUAUUGUUCUUUCCAUGGCGUCGCUCCAGGACCUCCGGCGACUUCUCAAUGGUGUCUCUCUCAUUGCAACAGAAAUUGCCAAACGCUCCCAAGCCCUCGAGAGCGCCAAAAAUGGAGACUUUGAAGCCCUAGUCUCUUCAUCCGCGAAGAAAUUCGUUCUCUCGGUUACAGAUUUAACUGGGCUGACCAAAGGAAAGAUUAAGGAGUUCUCUAUUCCCAGCUCGAAGGAAGCCGUUGUUUACUUCACGAACCCUUCUGAGUUCGGAGAUUCCAACCCAACCAAGGAUGAACGAAUCAUCGUUUUGGACCAGGAGGUUGAGAAUUCAUCCAAAUUUAGUUCGAACGAUAGCGGAGAAGUUAGGGAUCUCGAGAUACCAAUCAAAGAUAUUGCAGGGAAAAAGUUCCAACCGGUUUCUUCUUCUGCAGAUACUAACACUGACCGUGUUCCUGAAUUCGAGAACUUGAGCGGAAAUAAUUCAGAAGCUAAAGAACGCCAUACCGAACAAUCCCCAGUAAGGAGUGGUAUAGCCGAAAGAGCUGAAGUGGGAGUUUCAUCAGUGAAGAGGAAGCCUCGGGAGAGGAGAGUUCCUUCAACUCCUUUCAGCAGAGCACUUGGGUUUGCUGGUCUGGGAGCUGGACUUGCAUGGGGAACCAUCAAAGAGUCUGCUAAGAGACUUGCCUUUGGAACAAAUUCACAAGACAAAGAAUAUUUUUCACCAUUUUUAUCUGAGCAGAAUGCUGAACGUUUGGCUCUUGCACUAUGUAGAAUGCGUGGUGCGGCACUCAAAUUGGGGCAGAUGUUGAGUAUUCAGGAUGAGUCCCUUGUACCUGCUCCGAUUUUGGCUGCUUUGGAUAUUGUUCGUCAAGGUGCAGAUGUAAUGCCCAGAAGUCAGCUGAAUCAAGUGUUGGAUACUGAAUUAGGUCGUGAAUGGUCAUCAAAGCUCAGGAGUUUUGAUUAUGAGCCAAUGGCUGCUGCAAGUAUAGGCCAGGUCCACCGUGCUGUCACAAGGGAUGGUUUGCAGGUUGCAAUGAAAAUACAAUACCCGGGUGUUGCUGAUAGCAUCGAAAGUGAUAUUGAGAAUGUGAGGUUGCUUUUGGACUAUACAAAUCUUAUUCCAAAAGGGCUUUAUCUAGAUAGAGCUAUGAAGGUGGCAAAGGAGGAACUAUCUCGAGAAUGUGACUACAAGUUGGAGGCGACAAAUCAAAACCGAUUCUGUGAACUGCUAUCCAACAUCGAAGGCUUCUAUGUUCCUAUGGUCAUUGAUGAUCUUUCAAGUAAAAGAGUCUUAACAACGGAACUUGUCUCUGGAGUCCCUAUUGAUAAGGUAGUAGUUUUGCCCAAGGAAACUCGUGAUUAUGUAGGGAAAAAGCUGCUUGAGUUGACAUUGAUGGAAUUGUUCGUUUUCCGUUUCAUGCAGACCGAUCCUAAUUGGAGCAAUUUUUUAUAUGAUGAAGAUACAAAGGUGAUCAAUCUCAUUGACUUCGGGGCUGCCCGAGACUACCCAAAGAGUUUCGUUGAUGACUAUUUAAGAAUGGUGCUUGCAUGUGCAGACUGUGACAGAGAUGUGGUAAUAGAGAUGUCACGGAGGCUUGGAUUCCUUACGGGGAUGGAGUCUGAAGUAAUGCUAGAGGCACAUGUUCAGGCUGCCUUUGUUGUGGGGUUGCCGUUCUCAAAGCCAGGUGGGUAUGACUUCCGCUCCACCACAAUCACCAAGAGCAUUACCAACCUCGGGGCUACGAUGCUUAAGCACAGACUGACCCCACCACCCGAUGAGGCCUACAGUCUUCAUAGGAAGCUCUCAGGUGCAUUCUUGGCUUGCAUCAAGCUGGGGGCUGUUGUACCUUGUAGAGAAUUGUUGCUUGAAAUCUAUAGGCAGUAUCAAUUUGGUGAUGAUAUAGGUGAGAUCUUGACAAGCAGCACGAUGUCAUGAUAUGUCGAUCUUCAAUUUUUAUCAAUUGAUUGAUUUAUAUAAUAAUUUUGGGAUGCAAUCGUGUAUCCCCAUUCCCUUUUA